AUGGCUCCCUCAAAGAAGGGUGGCGAGAAGAAGGUCCCUUCCGCCAUGAAACAAGGUGGUGACCCGAGAGCACACCAUCAGCAUUCACAAACGCAUCCAUGGAGUGGGCUUCAAGAAGUGUGCUCCUCGGGCACUCAAAGAAAUUCAGAAAUUUGCCAUGAAGGAGAUGGGGACUCCAGAUGUGCACGUAGACACCAAGGUCAACAAAGAUGUAUGGGCCCAAGGAAUGAGGAGUGUUCCAUAUCGCAUCCGAGUACAUUUGUCCAGAAGCAAAAUGAAGAUGAGGACUCAUCAAACAAGCUCUACACAUUGGUAACUUAUGUGCCUGUUGUCACAUUCAAGAAUCUACAGACGGUCUACGUGGAUGAAAACUAA